AUGGACCCACAGCAGCAGUUUUGUCUUAAGUGGAAUAGUUUUGGGAGUAAUUUAGUCACAACAUUUGACAGUUUAUUUAAAUCUGAGAGUUUGACAGAUGUUACGCUUUUCUGCGAAGGAGUCACCUUUAAAGCACAUAAGUUGAUCCUCGCGGCUUGCAGUAAACACUUCCAAGACUUAUUUGAGGCCGCUCCGCACUGCCCAAGUGUUCUUGUAAUUCUUGAUGGCACUUCAUCAAGUAACAUGUCUGCUCUGCUUGAGUUUAUGUACAAAGGGGAAGUACAUGUAUCACAUGAAAGUCUGUCAAGCUUUCUCAAAGCAGCAGAAUGUUUACAGGUAAAAGGACUAUCGAUAGAACAUGAGAAACUUGCGGCAGCUGCGGGAAAUUCAAGCGACCCUCCACAGUCACCUCAGUCCGGGAACAGUGGUAAGAAGGUGGGAUCGACUACGACACAACAAGGAGCCACUAGCUCUGAGGAACUACCACCCUCGACCUCUUCCUCAGUUUAUACACCAUAUAUGCCAUAUGUCGCUGGUUAUUAUGGCGAUCCUCCUCGUAAAAGAUUAGUGAGGGCCAGCGUACUAAGGGAUGGGUCGAAAGGGGACUCACCAUUAUAUACUUCACCUCACUUCUCACCACCACCUUAUUCCCGACACAAUGAUGACUUUGACAGAACCGCUGCUGUGGAGACUCCGCCACCAGCUGCCCAACCUCCACCUGAUCUGUGGAGGUCCCCAUCUUGCCCUGAAGACCUAAGCGUGAAGGUCGAACCACCUGGGUCUGCAGCUGCUGCAGGAGGGGGUGGAGCUGCACCAGUAAAGAGUGAAUGGUCAAAUUAUGGAGGUAGCACUCCGUCAGGAGAAGGUGAAGAGGGUGGAGGGUUGCCCCAGCCACCUUGGCAGGGAAACAAAGUUGCUUCUGGACCGCAGCAGCAACCCCCCACUACUCAACACAAGUUGACUGCAACAACUACCCCAGAUGGUAAGAAGCUUCAGUGUCCAUUCUGUGAGAGGUUGUAUGGGUAUGAGACAAAUCUACGUGCACAUAUACGGCAGCGACACCAGGGAAUUCGAGUCCCAUGCCCAUUUUGUUCGCGUACUUUCACACGGAACAACACCGUCCGGCGUCACAUCGCUCGUGAACAUAAAACAGAGCUAUCGCUCAAAGCCUUCCAACCUCCACAACCUCAGGUACAAAAUCACAACCAGUAG